AUGGGUAAGUCCAGACACCUCCUAACUCAACAGUGGCAGAACAAGGCCCGGGCAUUGCCGUCCCUGCUGGAAGCCGGCCUCGAAGACCUUGCGUCGGGCCUCGAGUCUGGGCUGUUCACAAGUGUGGACUUGGUCAAAGCGUACAUUGCACGCAUCGACGAGGUCAACUCAACUCUGCGAAUGGUCACGCAAAUCAACCCGGACGCGCUCUCCAUCGCCGCAGAGCUGGAUACUGCUCGAACGGCCGGAACAAACCAUGGGCCGCUGCACGGCAUUCCUAUCCUUCUCAAGGACAGCAUUGCCACAGGCGACAAGAUGGAGAACACGGCCGGGUCAUACGCACUUCUGGGCGCUAGAGUUCCCGAACCCAGCACCGUUGCAGCAAAGCUAAAGGAGGCUGGAGCAAUCAUCCUCGGCAAGACAAGCCUCUCCCAGUGGGCCAACUUUCGCAGUUUCAACUCGAGCAAUGGCUGGUCGGCUAUAGGCGGCCAAACCGAAGGGGCAUAUUAUCCCCGACAGGACCCCUCGGGGUCGUCGUCAGGCAGCGGCGUGGCAACCGCACUGGGACUCGCCCUUGCAGCUAUCGGCACCGAAACAGAUGGCUCCAUCAUCUCGCCCGCGAACGUGAACAACGUGGUAGGCAUCAAGCCUACAGUGGGCUUGACAUCGCGAUACAUGGUUGUCCCCGUCUCAGAACACCAGGAUACCGUUGGCCCCAUGGCGAGAAGCGUCAAGGACGCAGCUUACAUUCUCUCUGCCAUCGCCGGCAAAGAUCCAAAGGACAAUUACACCUCGGCCAUACCCUUUGAGACCAUCCCGGACUAUGUAGCGGCUUGUGACCCGUCAGCGCUCUCAGGCAAGCGCAUCGGCGUGCCUCGCAACGUCAUUCGGUAUUGGUUCCAUGGCUCUCCCGAGAUGGAUCCUAUCAUGACCGCUUUCAACGCCGCCCUCAAUACCCUCCGUGCGUCAAACGCCACCGUAGUAGAUGAUCUGAUACUCCCCGGCUACGAGCCGCUUCUUGCAGGGGGCUUUGAAACGGUUGUCGUCGAAGCCGACUUUGUCACCAACCUGGCAGGCUACUUUUCCAAGCUGGCCGCGAACCCUCAUAACAUCACCUCUCUCGCUGAUUUACAAUCCUUCACGCAGUCCCAUCCCUUCGAGGGGUUCCCCGAGCGAGACACGCUCAUCUGGGAGGAGGCCUUGCGCCUGGGGCACGGUAACGAUUCGCCACUCUUCUGGUCCAACUAUACGGCCCAGCUGUACUAUGCCGGGCCGCUCGGCAUUACGGGAGCGCUAGCCAACCAUAGUCUGGACGCCCUCGUGCUGCCGACCGAGUUUGUGUGGACCUUGCCCGCCGUGCUUGGCGCGCCCGUCGUGACGGUACCGCUUGGGAAGUUUCCGCAGGGCACCUCGAAAGUGAGAAAUCGGUUCGGCAACCUCGUGACGACGGCUCCAAAUGUGCCAUUCGGGAUUAGCUUUUUUGCGGAGAGGUUCAGCGAGGAGAAGUUAAUUGGACUUGCGUAUGCGUUUGAGCAAAGGACGAAAGUGCGGGCGACAGUCGAGCCGUAUAUCAAGCCGAAAACGGAGCUGGCCGAUGUGAUAACGGAGGGGAUAAGGCUUGCAGCGCAGCAGAAGGGGGCGAUCGAAAGGACGGAUAUCUGGAUGGAAUCAUCCUUGUAG